AUGCUACGAAUACAUAUUCCGGCAAUAAUAUUACUUAGCAUAGAAUCUGCUAGUUUAGCGAAUCUAUCAACAAAUAUAACUGCUUGGUUAGCUCCUUCCCGCGGUACACCAACGAUUAUUCUUCGAGCAAAUGAAAUGAUUCCAUCAACAGUUCAUUGUCAACAAAGUGGGAAAACAUAUAAAGAAGGUGAAACUUGGUAUACAGGACAUCUUUUGUAUAAAUGUAUGAAGUUUGGUGCUUACACUAUACUUGGUUGUCGUACAAGAAAAGGUCGACCAAUGAUUAUUAGUGAAACAUAUAUUGAUGAUUUCAUCGUUCAUCAAUGCUUUGAAGAGAAUUCCAAAAUAUAUUAUCGAGAAUCUCCAUGUGACAUGCCAGGACAACCAUUAUGUGGUUCAUUUGAACAGGAACUAUAA